CUUUGAAUCCUGAAGUCUGCCCUUCCUUUCAAUUGCCUCCAUUUUACCUUCAACCUCUUUCUCGGAGUCCAAAAAGCAAACCUCACUUUUGCAACCUAUAAGUAAAUUCAACACUCAAUCUCUAUCCGCAACCCCACCACUCCAACCCCGCUACAUACAAUCCAUCCCUCAAAAUGUCCGGCGCCGACUCCCCAGAAAUCCUCGCCGCCUACGACGCCGUCCGCUCCGACAAAGACGAAACAAACUGGCUCAUCAUAUCCUACGCCUCGGCCGUAGGCGACAAAUUAACCCUCUCCUCGACCGGGACUGGCGGGAUCUCCGAACUAGCAGAGAAACUGGACCCCUCACAAGCACAAUAUGCCUACGUGCGGGUAGAAUACGCCAAUGACACCGAGAGCAAGCGGGUCAAGUUCGUGAUGGUGAUCUGGAUCGGCGAGGGGACCAAGGUGAUGCGGAAAGCGAGGGUGAGUAUUGAGAGUGGGGCUGUGAAGAGGGUUUUGGGGCAUCAUAGUAUUCAGGUUGAUGCGAGGGAGAAGUCGGAUUUGAAAGAGGAUGAUAUUGUGGUGCGGUUGCGGAAAGCUGGGGGCGCGGAUUAUAAUGGUGGGAGAGGAUAGAUGUGUGUUGGGAAAGAGGAAUUGGGCGUUAUGUUUACAUGGAGGAGGGGUGGUUGAUUGCAGCAUUUGCGGGCGUAGUGGGAUCUGUUAGUCAGAUACUUCUGGUCUCCAUCGAAUGUUAGAUCAUGUUCAAAUGAUAUACCUGGUAGACAUUACUUGGCUUAGUGGUA